AAUACCUCUAUACUCACACUCACUUACAUAAUCUACCUAUAUAUAUCCAUAACAUGUAGCCUUUGUGUUCUACUUCCUUCUUUAUAACUAAGUAAGCUUGGAGGGAGUUUCUUUUUUUUUCUUAUAAGGGAUUACGCUUGGAUUGAGUUUCUAAGGAUGUCUAUGUCAGUGGAGAUAAGAGUUCCAAAUUUGGAUUGUGAAGGCUGUGCUUCUAAGCUUAGGAAGACUCUGCUCAAGAUCAAAGGAGUGGAAGAAGUGGAAGUAGAGAUGGAAAGCCAAAAAGUGACGGCUCGAGGAUACCGGUUAGAGGAGAAGAAGGUAUUGAAAGCGGUACGACGGGCCGGUAAGGCGGCUGAACUGUGGCCAUACCGGUUAGGUAAUAGCCACUUUGCAUCUUUCUAUAAAUAUCCUUCUUAUGUGACCAACCACUAUUACUCCGAUGCACAUCGUACCGAUCUCACCGGUGGUAUUCACACUUUCUUCCACACUCCGGCCGUUUACUCCGUUGCGGUGGCCGGUGAUGAGAUCGCGGCUUCAAUGUUUAGCGAUGAUAAUCCACAUGCUUGUACCAUUAUGUAAUCCAUUUUUCUACAUAUACAUAAAAAUAUGUUUUCUUUGCCCCUUUUUCAUAACCGAGUGAUCCCAAACACCAAAUCGAAACGGGAACUAAUACUAGUUGUAAUAUUUCUAUAUAAUUCAUA